CAUUUCAGUGUCUAAAUCACGAGAAUAUCAUGUUUUUCUGCUUGUAUUGACAAUAUGAACCGGUGUUAUUGUUUGUGGCAAAAUAUCCAGCCGCUUGAUUUCUUUUGACGGCGCACGUCAUUUCCCGUGAUGCACCUCGUCACAGCAUCGCUGAACAUGGAGAGCGUAAACAAGCUGAAAAAUCCGUCAGUGAUCGCUGACAAUUUGAUCAAUUGAAGGCGUGUAGAAAUUAUAACGUCGUGACAUUCUGCAAUGGAGAGAGCAAGACGUGUUCACUGGUUUAAAUGGGAUAUUUAUUGGCAACAUUAGCGCUGGUGGGUUUGUUGCAAUGGGACCCAUUCUACAGGAAAGGACAACAUCCACGAUCCUGAAGAGGGUCCCAGUUAAAGAGAAGGUUAGAGUAAAAAAUACAGAAAAUACUGCAGUUGUGACCAGCAACAAUCAAACCGGAGACAAAAAAGUCAUUCAGAACCAGAACCCACAGAAGAAAAGCUCGGUGCAUAAGAAUGUCAUUUCCGGGCAGGACAAGGAUCCUUUACCCAGAGCUGAAAUUAAUGGCCAGCACAGGAACCGAACAAAGCAUGUCAAGAGUCCUAACACUGGCACAUACAAGUUGCUUCACACACAGUUUGAAGCUGAUAUAAGGUAUCCAAGGUCCAAGCCAUCUCCAUCAGAAUGUGCAGAGAAGAGGCCGAAAGUGCCGCAACAGUUCCCAUGCUGCAGUGGGGUUGAGAUGAACUAUGCAGCCCGAGAAAAGAGCCGGCGUGCUUUGUCACUUCCGCUGGCUCCUCAUCAGAUCCGCUUGCCUGAAAAUGUCCUAGACCUUGAGUCCCUGCGCCUCCUGAACCACAAAGAGGAUGACACAGACAGUGCUAGUGACCUGUCCGAUUCAGAGAGGCUCCCUGUGCUGCCUUCUCCCUGCACCCCUCCUCAGCUCAAUCUCAGAGCAGAAAUUGUUGACUCAGUAGAUCUGCAUCCACAUAUCCCAGGCCCCAGGACAGUGCAGACAGAAAGUGAUAGCUACAAUUAUCCUGAUUUCCUACCUCCACCUUUUAACACCUGGAGCCUGAGGCAACUUGCCAUCUUCUUGAACACGGAAGGGAAACGUGCACCGCGUCCAAAACCGGUUGGCCAGCUGGAGAUGUUUCUGGAACGUCUGCUGCAGCUAGAGUGGUAUCAGAUCCAGACCAUUCAGAAUGAGAGCAGCCAACCCAUGGCAACCUAUGUACGUUCUAAAGGUCGUGCCCCUAGUGGUCCACAAAUAGCCAGCCUUUCUCGGCCUCAUACAGCACCUCCAUCACGCCUUAGCUCCCCAAAAAGCAUGCGUCAGGGUCAGCGCCCUUUCCCUCUUGCUCCUCUGUCAUCCCUGGGAAGCCCAUCAUCAUGCCAGAUCUCUCGCUGCCUCUACUGCCACGUACGCUCCCCGCUUUGCAAUGGCAUCUGUUCUUCAUAUACCUACCAGCGACAUUCCCGUCUCAGCCCACUGCUGGAGCGCAAAACUACACCAACUAUCACACACAAAAGAAGCAAUAGCGAAAGUAGGGCUUCAGCCUCAGACAACAAAGCCAUGGGUAGACCUCAGUAUCCUGUAAGCCCAAAAAGUCCAAAAAAACAAAUGGAGGUUGCUGGAAAUCUGCAGAAAGUUUCUCAGGAACUGAGUAUGAAGAGCAAAAGACAGCCAUCAGUCUGGAAAGGGCACAGUGGGCAGGUUGCUGAAGCAGAGGGUCACAAAGAUUCACCUGUAGGCACGAGAAAUGCACUUGACAAGCGAGUCGUUACUGCUAAUAAACGAGACUUCCGGCUUUCAGGAAAGAGAGAACAAAAAGAAGUGCAGCAGACAGAGGUUGGGAGCAGUGGUGCAGUGCCUGGGGUUAAAAGAAUGGUCAGUGAUGAUAAUGGCAUUAAAGGGGCCAGGGCAGAUAGAAAGCUAAAAAAAUGCCCACUUAUCCAAGUAAAACAAUUACAAUGAACAUGCAUUAAUUCUCAAAAACUUGCUAAGCAACCAGAGUGCACAAUAUGUGUCAGAAUAAAUAUUUAUCUGCGAAGUAAUAUUUUGCAUUGCAUUGUAUUUACUACAAUCUAGUAGAUUUUUUCGAUGACAGCUAAUAUUUUGGUCUAAAAGGUGUGAUACUUUCAUUGUAUUAGUUUCUCCUUUAUUUUGCAAAUGAGGGUUAUUUUAUUUGGAUAUUUUUUAUUGAUAUUUAUUUGGAUAUGUUGUAUGACCCAUAAAAAGACAGUUACUAGUAAUGCUAAGUUAUAUUUAAGGCCUAUACAUUGAACAUUUGAUUAAGAUUAGUGAACAUUAGUGUUUAAGUGGUUUUUGCUGUCCUUCUGCCAGCAUCUUAAAGUUUGUUUGGACCUAAUAUAGUUCUGAUAUACAUUAAAGAAUGUAUAUUUUUGACACAAAUAAUGAAUGUUUUGUAGUGGAUAUAUGUAUUUUUGUAUGUAAGGGCUUUUCUCUGUUGAAUAUAAGCAAUUAUUUUUUGCUAUUUUGUCCAUAUUCUUGUCCAUAGUUUUAUUUAUUGCCCUUUGGUAGUUGUUAUACACCAUUUAUUGUACAGUAUAUUGCUUCAUCUUGUAUAAUACUCCAUAUUCUCUAUUUUGAGCAAUAUCUUGUAUUUCCUAGCUAUAGUUUUCAUAUCAUGUUGUAAUUGUUAAAAAGCUGUAAUCUUCAAAUCACAAAAUGUAGUUUUAGGAGCAUGUCUAUUAUUUAAGUAUUCUUUGUCUUUUUAUUUCUUUUAAUUUUAUUUCUUGGUAAAAGUUCACACAGUUGUUCAUUGUGUUUUGCUGUUGCAUGUGUUCAUUUUAUUGGAAAAGUAAUGUUAGUGUUUGAACAGCUCUUAUGAUUUAAAGAUAAACACCUUACUUGAAAAAUGUUGGACGGCACCUGAUUGAGAUAGUAGGCUACUUGCUACUGUAUUUCUGCACUUAACCUUUUAGUAAUUUAAUUUUAAUGUUUGUGUGUCAAAGGCAUUCAACCGGUAAAAACCUGUUUAUGGACCAUCGUUCUUUUGUCAUGCUAAAUGCACUAUUUGAUGAGAAAUGUUAUAAAAAUGAUUCAUGACCUCA